AGGUUCAAACCAGAUUUUGUACUUACACCAACAUCAAAGCUAUUGAGCAUAUAAAGUUGCGAUUAAAGUCUAAGAAGCAAUUGCAGAUGUUUAAGGAGUCCCCAUUUGUUCAUUUUCUUGAUUUACCGAAUAUCAAGGUUCACCCACAACUCAUUCGCAGCUUGAUGUAUGCGGAGAUUGAUAAUGAUAGAGAUGAUAUGUUUAUCAUCAAGUUGAAUGGAGAAGAGCUCUAUUUUGGGAUAAGAGAGUUUGCCAUUAUUAGUGGUUUGAAAUGCGGCAUGCCAAGUGAAUUUGUUCGGGACCAUAAUUCACCAAACAGGUUAAUGAAUAGUUACUUUCCCAAUCAACAAAGGGUACUCAAGAGUGAGUUGAUAAGUUUUUAUGAAGGAAGCAUUUGUGUGGGUGAUGAUGAUCUUGUAAAAAUCUCCAUUUUGUAUUUUAUUAGCACAUUCCUAUUCUCAACUGAGCCUUCCAAAUCUUACGUAUCUAGGCGGCACUUUGACUUAGUUGAGAGUGGUGAAUAUAGGAACUAUCCUUGGGGAAACGAUUGUUUUAACGAAACACUUGCUUCUGUUAGUCACCAAUUGAGUGGUGAUCCAUCGUAUUAUAGGGUUGGGGGCUUUCCACUUGCUUUGCAAGUUUGGUUUUAUGAAUGUUGCUCGAAGGUUGAUCCUUUUGUUGCUACUCGUAUUCGAAACCACAUUCCUCGCAUUCUUAAUUGGCAAACAUCCCAAGAUAUAUUGUACUUUGACUAUCUGAAGAGGGGGAUGUUCAAAACUUAUGGGAAUCAGGUGGUUUUUUCCAACAUCACACCAGCAAACGAUGAAUUGCCACUUCUCACUGAGUUACCAGAUGUACCACGACCACGUACUACCACAAGCGAUACACCAUCUGUACAUGGUUCUGAGUUUGAGGCAUUGAAGAAUGAGGUUGUAAAUGUUCGUGAAGAUUUGAAACUAUUUCAGAAGAAGGUAGAGGAUGAUUUUAAACAGUUGAAGCAACACUUGGAUAAAUCAAUAUUGGACAUACUUACAGAGAUCAAGUCCUUACAUGGCAGGCAUACGGAAAAUAAUGAAUAUGAUGUUUUUUUUUUUUAAAAAAAAAAAACUUUGAUGGAUUUCCUCUAUAUUAUUAAUUCAAUUUUAAAUUAAUAAAGCAUACAUUAAUAUAUAGGGUACUAGAGGUGUUAAGGUUGUAGAUGGAAAAAGAACCUAUAGUGGUGACCAGAAUGACAAGUAUCAUGACAUACAAGCUGAGGUUGAUCAACAAGCGGCUAAGGGUGUGGUUGGUGGGCUUGAUGGAAGUGUGCCAAUAUCUGGUCAAGCUGCAGUAUAUUUGAAGACCCAAACUGGUAUGCAUGCUGGGAUUGGUGAAGCAUGUGAUAAUGAUCGAGAUGAUCUAGAAGCAUUGAAGAGUCUACAUGAUCAAGAAGAAUUGAAGAUUCAAGGUCAUUCUUUUGGUUGAUAUA